AAGAUUCCGUCAACAUGACAACUCGCAAAUGAAUCCAUGAGCGCUGACUGCUUAUGUUACAAGACUGACACCGCCUAUUUUCAUGCUGGUAAGGAAAGAGCGAGAUUACCAUUUCAUUCAUGGGCACAUCACUGGCAGCCAUAUUUCGAUGUGUCUGAGAUGGAAUACAGAACUCUGAUCAAUCAGGAUAUAAAAUUGGAACAUAGUUUAGGAGAACGUGCUGCAAAAUGUUUUUAACAAGGAGUAAAUACGCGGUGUUUAUUAUAUUAAUAUGUUUGGUUGUUGGAUAUACCAUUUCGCUUGUAUUCAAUAGUUCUGUAGUGAAUGAUAAGAUUUUGCCGAGGUACAGGGAAGUUUGGGGUCAACAGCUACGAAAGAAAGUCGGACAGUCAUUACGACCAACUCACGAUCCUUUCUUAAAUACCAAGAAGCCGGAAUGUCGUGAGCAUAAUAUAUCAGGACAAGUGGGCAGGAUGAAACCCGAUUUGAACGCUAUACCCAUAGCACACACAGAGGAAAUAGUAUUCGGACACUUGGUCGGAGAAUUUAGGACGGCUGUGAAAGUGGCCAAUGAGAUGCUUCGUAAGAAACUCGUCGAUGUCAAGACCGGAAACAAAACGGACACUGAUUGGCAUUUUAAUGAACUUCUCAAAACGGAAAUAAAAACAAACGAUAGUUAUCGGUAUCUACCAGGUGGACAUUGGAAACCAAUCAACUGCUCACCAAAAUGGAAGGUUGCAAUUUUGAUCCCCUUCCGGGAUCGCUUCUUUCAUCUUCCGAUCCUUUUGCGAUACCUAAUUCCGAUGCUUAAGAAGCAACUACUGCAGUUCAGUUUCUUUGUUAUUGAACAGGCCAAUAAAAACCUGUUCAACCGAGCCAUGCUCAUGAACGUUGGAUUCCUCGAAUCUCUCAAAAUUUUCGACUACGAUUGUUUCGUCAUUCAUGACGUGGAUCACGUGCCUUUAGAUGAUCGUAAUUAUUACGGCUGUACUGACAUGCCCAGGCAUUUUAUCUCAGGUGUUGAUAAAUGGAAAUACAAAUUGCUAUACAAGAAUUUCUUUGGAGCUGUCACGGGUCUAACGAAAGGUAACAUUCGAAGCAUCAAUGGGUUUCCCAAUGUCUACUGGGGAUGGGGCGGUGAGGAUGAUGACAUAUGGAAGCGGGUUAGAGACGUUGGCCUAAAUAUUACUCGUUAUGAAGGACCCGUCUACCAUUAUGACGUCAUCAGGCAUCAUCACAAAAGUGCACCAUUGGCAAAAGACAGAUUUGAACUGCUCCGUGGAUCGCAUGACCGACUGAAAAGGGAUGGGUUAUCGAAUAUUGUCUAUCCGACCCCCGUGUACGAACUUCACACACUCUACACGAACAUAAGCGUCGAUAUCAAUAGGAUCAAAAUCUAAAUGAAUGAUAUUACUUCCUUUCGAAUCCCAGCAUGGUCAUAGUGCCUAGCUACAUGUAAAACACUGAACAUUGACUUUCGUUCAUUGCUAACUGCUGGGGUUGCCUGCAACUGUUUCCGGGUGAAGGUUUUGAUCGAUUUGUGCUAAAGACGACAACAUGAAAUCGCGAUCUUGUGGGAUGCAAAAGAAGUUUACACACCUCAAAAUAACUGAGUUACACUUACCAUCGGUGAGAAUUGACAAUGUU